AGAAGAACAACGGAAUAAAACAAAAAUAAAAGAAAACAACAGCAACAGCAGAAGCAGAAGCAGCAACAACGUUAAGAAAACGCGUUUGUCUGCAACCCAACUACCCAAAUUCUUAUUCAUUCCUGCAAGCGACACACAAAGUUCGAUAGCAGCAAAAGCAACAGCAGCGAUCAGCAGUCAACAAGUCACCAAAACACCCUCAAUUUAGACGAAUUUAUUUAUUAAAGUACAAAACACCGCUAAAUGAUAUCCUUGUUAAUGCAUCCAUGCCACACCGUCCAAGGGUCUGUGUUUGCUUGAAAUUACACUCGUUACUGUGAUUUCGGACAGGAUGACAACUAUGCCCGUUGUAUGGUGCACCGAUCCCAAUUCGGUCAAUAAUAAGCCGGCUGCAUUUGCCCUGCAUGGCAUUCAGUUGCAGGGGAAUGUGACCGAGAAACAGGUUCUGGCCCUCAGGGAGCUGGUCAAUGCAGCUGCGGAAGGACGACUGAUUUUGCCCUCAGAUGGCACUUUUAUGCUGUUGGACAGUGGCAUCAGCAUCGAAAGCUCCAUUGUCGCCAAUAAUGGUGGCGCAUCGAUUAGCAGCACCGGCAGUGGUGCUAAUAUCGGGGAUGCGGAGUCCAAAAUGUUGGAGAUGAAUAAGGAAAAUAUUCAAAGCCAUAAUGUUGAGGUAUCCGGCGGAAAUAACAGCAGCCGACCCCAAAAGAACACCUAUAUUUUAAUGCCAGUCACGGCAUCGACGCAAAUGCAAAAUGCCAACUUGCCCCCAACAUCAGCCACAGAGAAAGAUACACAAAGUAUCGAACUUGAGCCCAAGUAUUCGACAUUCACACCGCCCGCCUCCAUAUCGGAAGAUGAGGUUCUGUACGAGUUCCUUUGUUGUGCCAAGUGUCUAAACGACCCCAACGGAUCGCGUUGCAACUCGGCCAAGUUGCCGUCUUCUGCUCAGCAGAGGAAAACCCAGUCGCAAUUAAUGCUGCAGCGUUUGCUAAAAUCGUGCGAAAGACCUUCAACAUGGUUGUCAUCCCAAGGCAGGGAACAACAACAGAAGCCAGCUCGAGUCCACUGUUCCACUGGCAAUGACAGCAGUAGUGGCGAGUGUGGUGGUUGUAAUGGCGAUGGCAAAGUCAACGAACCGCAUCAGCUGUACGACCCUUCAUACAGCAUUGCCAACAAAUAUACUCGCCGCUACCAGCGCAAGCACUGCAAUAUGUCGGCCGCGACCAUUGCACGUAAUCGUCACCACAAUCAUCGUCACAAAUUACCGAUGCAAAGUGUAAAAAUCUUUCACAAUCGCAGCCACGCGUGCGCUAAUAGCGCGGGAGGUGGAGGCAAUAGCGGUGUUGCUAGCAAUGGCUGUGUUGGUGGUGGUGGUAGCUUUGGCAAUCCCACCACAGUGGUGUCUCGUGGUGGUUGCAGUAAAACGGCACAAGCUAUGCCAAUUCCGUUAGUACUCGAUCAGCCGUCGUCGCUGAAGCCCGCAUUACAACUACCUCUGUAUGCAACGGUCAAUAAGAAGUACGCGAAAUCGAACAUGACGAUGGAAGCGAAUGCGCCCGGGCAAGAUGAUUCGGUUGAACGUCUUACGGUAAAUGCCAUCGUCCACGAAGAGUCUCCGCGCCUCACCACCAAGUCCAAACCAAAUGGCGGGGUCGGUUCAGCGACGGUUCGUCAGCGCAAAAUGGGUGCCGUGCAGGGCUCACUGCAGGACACCGUUCUCAUUGAAAUGGAAACGUUCUCGCAGAAUGCACCCAACCCCCACCUCCUCCUACCCACUCCCAACUGUGAUACCGUAAUGGAAACUCUACCAGUAGUUAAGGAUCUAAUAAGUUUCGAUGAUGAUGCUGCUGGCACCGAACCGGCCGCCAAUUUCGGUGCGAUCGAUGCCUGUCACGACGCUGAUCGUCGAAGCGAACAGCCAAAGUCUUGUGAUACAAAUAGUCAAGCUUUAGAUUUACUCUCACAGCCGAUUUUAGACUUUUCACCAUCCCCACCAUGUGGGGAAGAGGUGGUGGAGGAAGAGCAAGAGGAAAAUAUAGCUAGGACUAUGCCGCGUGGCGAAUCCGCUCUUAUGGAGGCAGUGCCGACAAAUACCUCUCCGCCUCCCGUGCGCAGCAAUGCCUCCAGUCGAAAAACCAGCUUCGACUCAACCUGCACCAUAAGCUCGAUGGAUUCGGGUUUUAUAGAAAUGCAAAACAAAUUGGAAAAUCCCUCACACCCGCCCCUGGCCAGCAUCUUCAGUGGGCUGAUGCGAGACGAACUGUGUAGAAGGCAACCAGCACAGGUUGGGGGUGAAAAAAUAGCUCGCCUCAAUUACAAAGAAUGUUUGACUCAGUCUCGGAAUCGCCGCAAAUCCUACGAGGAAUUCAAAGCCAUGUUUGCCCCCCACCCGGAUCCAUUGUCGUCGUCAGUACCUCAAACGGACCCCACAACAAGUUCGUGUACGCCUGACACUGGCAAAAAACAGUCGUCGCGCCGUAAAACCUAUCAAGAUCUUAGAAAACUAUUUGAUAGCGACACGAAUAGCGUGGCUCUGCAGUCAGUCGCCGCAUCCGCAAGCGCGUCCCCGUUGUCUUCGCUAAACCCGGGAAUCGAUAUGUCGACAGCAACAACAAACACCCUAGAGUCGAUAUCAGAACAAGAAUGUGCAAAAACAGUCGAAUCAACGGCCGCAGCACCACUAACAACGACAACAGCGACAGCUAUGACGUUGUUUGACAAAACCAAUAAAGCAGAAGAAACACUUGUUGAUCUAAGCGGAGACGACGAGCUAGCCAAGAAACCGGCUCUGGCAAACGAGUUUUCCACCACCACAAAGACCAGCAGAACAAUCAAUUCCAGCACCGUACCAGGUACACAUGAAAUGGAUACUGCUGCACACGACAGCGACGACAAAAAUGCCAGUAGUGAUUUCCUAGCACUUGGCACAGUUGGCGACUGCACCGCAGCCCUGAGCGCAAGAGAUCUUAUCGCCAUAGCGACGGCCACAUCCACAGCCACGGGCAGUGCUGGUGACCAGCAAACCACGGAUAUUCUGCGCAAGAACUCGGAUUUCCUAUCAAAGAUUCUGGACCGCCAACUAAUGGCGAAGGAGAAGGAAAAGGCCCACCUGCGCCGCAAAUCUUACGAAGAGUUCAAGCGUCUAGUGCGCGAGUGUGAAGCCUCGUCGACCAGCGACAAAGCUAUCGCUUCCGAAUCGACGUCCUCAGCUUUCAAGCGGCAAAACUCGAAACACCGCAAGAGCUAUGCAUCAUUUCUGCUUAUGCGGCGGAACUCGCACACAAAAGAGACAAAAGAGAAAAAGUCUUCCGACGGCAACGACCCCACUGAGGUGGUGCCGCUUAAGGAGCCCAAGGAUGCUUUGAAACUUCAGCCCAGCAACCUGUUGCCCGAAACCGCCAGUAGUAACAGCACGAGCAAUUACAAACGCAACUUCAAGAUAUACGACAAGCUUGUCUACGGCACAAUCUACGACAUAAUCCAGCGCAAAAACGAUAUCUACAACCUAACAUAUCAACGCUACGACAAAUACAUGACCUACGGAACCAUCUACGAAAUCCUCCAUCGCAAGACGUCUCAGAGCUCAAUAACAUCAAAUUCUUCUGGUGCAACAUGUGCGAGUAUCAACGAGAAGACGCACCACCGCAAAAGCUUAGCGGCUAUAUUGGAAAAAGACACCACCACCAGCGUCGACAAGAAAACCCGAGCAGAUUUGGAGAAUUUGAAAAAGUCCGGCAUAAUUUAUGAUAUUAUCCAGAAGCAACAAACCACUUGCCUCCUGCCCAGCAAAGAUGCUCCAAGCAACAACAACGACAACAUGAUGGCCGACACAUCCGCACAUCAGUUGUCGUCGAUCUCGCCAUCCCCGCCAAAUCAAAAUGCUAAUGCUGCCACUGACACAGGCAAAGACAAAGACAAAGAGAAUACCACGAGGUGUGGCACUAUAAAAGCAGCUGUGCUGCCGCCAGCCACACAGCACCCCAAAUACGGAACGAUUUAUGACAUCUUACAAGGAGAGAAAUUGGAUGCCAGCAACGAAUCGACGGCAAUAGCAACGGCCAUGGCCUCAGCAACAGCGGCGGUGAAUGGCCAGCUGAAGCAGCUUAAAGGUCAUGUUAAGAAUCGAUUUGUGGUCAGCAAAAUUGACGAAUCGCUAAAGACAGCGGCCGCCACAACGACUGCCGUCGAAAAUGGUGCAGAACAGCGGGAACAACACGACAACGAGAAACGAGAAGAGGUUGCGGCAUUGGCUGCGUCUGCCUUCAAUGCCACAGCCACAGCAAUCGGCGACACUGCAAAAUCCGCACCCAAAACAACAAAACCAAAUAAGAUACGAAGACUGUCGAAUAUGCUGGCGGCGCACAAGGCAACGGGCCAUGACGCUAAAAACACAAUUACAGACGCCAAAACCGCCGAACCCCCAGCAGGCGAUAGCCCUAAGGGAGCUGAGUGUCCUGCUUUCAAAUCAAAUCUCAUUCCAUUGGACAGUGAGGAAUUGUAUUCGCGCAUCAUUGCCAAAAAUCGUGACAAGGCUGGUUUUAGCAGUAGAGGUGGUGUUGGUGGCAGCGGUGGUGUCACCGUUGGCGGCGGCUGUCCCAUUCAAAAGUCAAAUUCAUUGGAUGCCAUAUCAACAUCGGUGACAAUAUCACCGCCCGCAACGCCCUCGCCACCACGACCACGCCGAAGUCUGAAACAGCACAAUUGUCUGCGAGAAGGUCAAAAGCCCAAACAACUUCUGCUGGUGAAGAAACUGUCGCUUGACAAUUCUUUGACAGCCUCAAGUUCAGCUGAUGAAGAACGCACUUCGGCAAAGGAGAACAAGCUACGACGUUGGUCGAAUCAAAUCCCUCUGAAAUGUCACUGUGAUCAUGUGGCAAACAAUGAUGCUGCUGCGGGCUUGUCUACCCGAGAACUCUUCGGUUCCUGGGAAUUCGCCUGGAAAGCCUCCAAGUCGAACUGCACUUGCAAUGAACCGUUUUCUGUGUCCAAAACACAGCUGCACCAUCGUCACCCGCACGCCCACUCGCACGGUGGUGUAAUUGAGGUAUCGACCACCGGCGACCUGUCCACGCCCGGCCACCCCGUCGCCUGUUCCAUUUCCUCGAGCCGUUCUACGUGUUCCAUUCACAUAGAGUUGCCCUGUCUGUGUUUGCCAAGCAGAAAUACCACGAAUUCGUCAACACCAGCUGCUGCUGUUGCUUCUUCUUCUUCUGCUGGGUCUAACGCCAAUACCACCAAGAAAGGCAAGUCACGGCGACUAUCGGAAUUUACGCGGGGUGAAUUUUUAAAUGAAAAACCCUGGUACUUCCGUAAAAUCAAACGCAUUGAGGCUGAGAAGAAAUUAUUACUGCCAGAAAAUGAGCAUGGAGCAUUUUUAAUUAGAGACUCUGAGAGUCGCCAUAAUGACUAUUCGCUAUCAGUUCGUGAUGGUGACACAGUAAAACACUAUCGUAUCAGACAGCUGGACGAAGGUGGUUUCUUCAUUGCAAGACGCACAACAUUCAGAACACUCCAAGAAUUGGUUGAACACUAUUCCAAGGAUUCGGAUGGCCUGUGUGUUAAUUUAUGCAAGCCGUGUGUGCAGAUUGAAAAACCUGUCACCGAGGGAUUAUCACAUCGAACCCGCGAUCAAUGGGAAAUUGAUAGAACUUCACUGAAAUUCGUGCGAAAAUUAGGAUCUGGGCAGUUUGGCGAGGUGUGGGAAGGACUAUGGAACAAUACCACCUCGGUGGCCAUUAAAACACUUAAAUCAGGCACAAUGGAUCCAAAAGACUUUUUAGCUGAAGCUCAAAUCAUGAAGAAACUCCGGCACAACAAACUCAUACAGUUGUAUGCAGUGUGUACAGUUGAGGAACCCAUAUAUAUUAUAACUGAACUUAUGAAGCACGGUUCGCUGCUGGAGUAUUUGCAAGCCAUUGCAGGUAAGGGUCGCAGCCUGAAAAUGCCAGUAUUAAUCGACAUGGCGGCCCAAAUAGCUGCAGGCAUGGCUUACUUGGAAUCCCAAAACUACAUUCAUAGAGACUUGGCUGCCAGAAACGUGCUAGUAGGUGAUAAUAAUAUAGUCAAGAUUGCAGAUUUCGGCUUGGCAAGGCUUAUAAAGGAGGAUGAAUAUGAGGCUCGUGUCGGUGCAAGGUUCCCCAUUAAAUGGACUGCUCCAGAAGCGGCUAAUUAUUCUAAAUUCUCCAUCAAAUCGGACGUAUGGAGUUUUGGUAUAUUAUUAACAGAAUUGGUCACAUAUGGUCGCAUACCUUAUCCAGGAAUGACAAAUGCCGAAGUGUUGACACAAGUUGAACACGGAUAUCGCAUGCCACAGCCACCCAAUUGCGACCAAAGACUCUAUGAGAUAAUGUUGGAAUGCUGGCACAAGGAUCCCAUGAGGCGACCAACCUUCGAAACUCUCCAAUGGAAAUUGGAAGAUUUCUAUACAUCAGAUCAGAGUGACUAUAAAGAAGCUCAAGCCUACUGAUAAAUGCUUAAUGCUGCUUCCAAACAAUCCAACAAAUCACGGACCACAGCCACGUCAAUAACCACAGUAUCAUCACCAACAUAUACUUUGUCAAACAGUCGCCGCUAAAAAGACUUUGUUGUAAAAGAAAAAAUAAAAGUGAGGGAAUCUCCUCUGUACCCCUCAGUUCUUCCGUGGACAGUAAACUCUGGCGCACGAUUGAUUAUCUUCCAGAUUCUCUAAUCAUUUUAUUUCACUAAUGUAAUUCCGAAAUCUAGACUAUUCAUUAUGGACAGACUGCCGUAUGAAGCAGAAUAAUCGAAAGGAUAUAUAUAUAUAUAGUAUUAGUAACAAUACAACAGCAAUUUCUAGAAAGCGAGUGCUGCCUCUAUUGGCAUGUAUGUGGAUGCAUUAUAUAUAAAUAGAAUAUUAAAUUUAGCAAGAAAAAAACAAAUACGUACAUAAAUAGGGACGUAUUUCCCUAAUUUUAAGGAAAUGCGUUUAACGAAGUAAUAUUCGUUUUUUCGCAAAAUUAAACACACACACACGUGCAAAACACACAAUAACGAUUUUGUAUCUCACAUCAAAAUGUUAUAUAAUUAAUAAAACAAUUGAUUUUUUGAUAAUAUUUUCGUAUUAUAACUUGAAGCAAUUCUGUAUUUAAGUUUACACCACAACUUUUUAUAUGCCUGGUUUGGCAGUUUUGUUUGAAUAAGCCUUUAUAAACAACACAUUUUAUUAAAAAUAAAUAAUAACUUAUUGUUUUUUUUUUUUUUUUGCUUCUAAAUGAAGUAAUUUUUUAUUUAUAGAUGCUCUAUACACCACACACAAAUAUUAUAUUUCUUUUUCUUUUCAUUAGUUCAGACUAUUGUCAGUCCAUUUUAUGCAUACAUAAAAAUUUUUUGAGCAAUUUGUAGAAAAGAACACAUACAUACAUACAUAUUCGCAUACAUUACAAAUACAUUAUCUAUUCACAUAUAUAUACAACAACACCAAUAACAUUCGUUUUUAGCAAACGAUAUUUUUCUUUUAUAUUUAGAAUUUUAUUUAAAUUAAAAAUAAUUUUGAUACAAAUGAUUAAAGAAUAAAACAAAUAAACAAAAUAUACACACAUAUAUAAACAUUAUAAUCUAUUAAACUAAACAAAAAAGAAAAAACAAUUUAUUAACUAAUGCUAAUAUGCUAUUUGUAUUAUUUUAUACAUUUAUAAUUAUUAUCAUUACAACUAUGUUCAAACUAAGUUUAUCCCAAGUUUAUUCUAUUGUAUGUAAAACAAUGACAACUUCCCUAAUGCAUUUCUCAUUUUAAACUGUAAAUCCAAUGUAAUGUUUGUUCUACAUACUUAAAUAUGCAUAUACAUAUAUUUAAAAUAUUAAUUUUAUUAUUAUUAUGUUUUGUCACACGGUACAGUACUGUGUCGUCGUUUCCUCACCCGCCCUUCUCAUGUCUUGAAAAAAAAAGGUAUAGAAAAACAAAAUCAUCGUAAACAUCCCACAAUUUACAAUCAAAAUGAAAACACAAACAAAUAACAUACAAUACGAUAAAAAAUAAUUGAUGUGACUUUAUCAUUCUGCAUGUAAGACAUAUAACACUGAGUGGAUGGAUGGGUUUUCGGUUCCAUUUAAUGAUGACUAUCCAUUGAAGACAACCAAAUGCAGAACAAAAAUUAAAUAAAAUUUUAAUUUUGAAAGAAAAUUGAAAUAUAUUAUUAAAAUAACUAUUCAUAAGGUUAGUAGUGACAUAUAUAAAUAUAAAAAUAUUAAUACGAUUAAUUAUAUGAUUAUAGAUAACACUUAUUAUUUUUCGGUUCGAAUAUUAAAACAAAAUUAAUAAAAGCAAAACCUAAUAAAAUCAA